AUGAUAUCGAAACAAAACCGAACGGCGAAUCCAUCAACAAUCGAAUCUUUGACCUACCAAAACAUGACUCCUCUGUCCGUCUCUUCCGAUGAAAUCACGCUUGAAUAUAAACUCAACAAAGACCUGGAUCUGAAUCCAAUGGGAAACGUUCACGGCGGUAGAAUGAGCUACAUUCUCGACUCCGUCAUGACCGCCCUCGCCUCCGAUUUCGAUAAAGAAGAUGUCAACUCGUUAAACUUUUCCGUGUCCUAUCUGAAUGGAAUUUCUUCCGAUACAGAUAGUUUUUUGGUUCAUGCGAAGGUCGUCAAGGGCGGCCGAGCGAUGGCGUUUAUGUCGGCGGAACUGAGAUCUGAAGAUGGUAAAAUCUACACGCAAUCUGAGGAGAGUUUUGCAAAGAGCUCCUAA